GGCAAGGGGAGAGCAAAGGGGAGAGACAGCAAGAGAGAGAUAGAGAUAGAGACAAAGGGAGAGAGAGUUUAAAAGAGAAGUAAAGAGAGGGAGGAAGCCUAAGCAGGUAGUGGGAGAGAGAAAGAAUGAGAAAGAGGGAGUACAUCUGAACAGAGAAAAAGAGUGAGAGAAUAAGUGAGUGAGGGGUAUACUGAAUAGAGAAAGUGAGAGGAGGAGAGAUAUAGGGAGAGUAGGAGGGAGGGAGAAAGACAGAGUUAAAGGAAGAGAGGGAGAGGGACAAAGUCAGAGCAGAGAGAAUCAGCAAGCAGGAGGUAGAGUGAAGUGUGUGAGAGAGAGAAAGGGAGAAACUAAGAGAGAAGAGGGAGAGUGAGAAAAAAAGAGACAGAAAGAAAGAGGGAGCCUACAAAAUCGCAGGCAGCCGUGCCGUCAGUUAGCUUCUUUACGCAGCUGCUGCUCCGGAGCCAAAAAGAGGAGAAAAAAGGAAAAGAAAGCACAAGAGCUCCAGUGUCCCAGCUGAAAAGCGUGUCUCCAGGAAGCGGGGUCCCGCUGGGGGGAAGAUGGACUCGGACUCCGGGGAGCUGAGCGAGGGGGAGCUUUCUCCAGGCCAGGAGGGCUUUAACUCCAGGAGCCUGGCCCUCCAGCUGCAGAAGAAGGUCCUGAGCUCGGUGGCUCCGCUGGCCGUGGCUAACCUGCUGACGGACGACACCAGCAGCGAGAUCCUGGACGAGCUGUACAAGGCCAGCCGCGAGCACACGCGGAGCAAGAAGGAGGCGCACAAGAUUGUCCGCGACGUGAUCAAGAUCGCGCUCAAGAUCGCCGUGCUCUACCGCAACCACCGCUUCAGCCCCGAGGAGAUGGAGACGGUCGAGCGCUUCCGCAAGAAGAUGAACCAGGCGGCCAUGACGGCGGUGAGCUUCCACCAGGUGGAGUACACCUUCGACCCGCCCAUCCUGUCCGAGCUGCUGCUGGAGUGCAGGGACCUGCUGCACGAGCUGGUGGAGGCGCACCUGACCGCCCGCUCGCACGGUCGCAUCGACCACGUCUUCAACCACUUCGCCAGCGCCGACUUCCUCUCCACGCUCUACGGCUCGGAGGAGUACGAACUGUACCUGCAGAAGAUCUGCGACGGGAUUAACAAACUCCUGGACGAGGGGAACCUCUAACCCCCUCCACGCUCCACUGCUCCCCCACCCCCCCUCACCCCACUCAUGCGGCCGAGAGGGUCACGCGUCACGAGCGUAGUUUUCCAAAUUUCAGAAAUGUAUUUUUAAAAAAUAUCUAUAAAAAAAAAGAAAAGAAAAAUGUAAUCGAUCAUUUCCACGUUCUUUCACAGAUGUAGUUUAAUAUAUGUGUUGCUGAAUAUAUCAUAUGAUUAUGUCUUUUGUAAGAAAAAAAAAUACAAAAUUGCAUAUGUGUAAGAGGUGGCAAUGAAUACGUUUUUAUGAAAUCAUAAUGUUUCCCCUCAUUGCUGUAAGAUUUUUAUAAGCUGCAGUUUCUUAUUUUCAUAUAGUCCGAAUACGCUUUAUUUUUUAUUUUUUUUAAGCGGCACUGUAGCCCGCUGUCCCUGAAUGUUAUUUUAUACACUGUGUGACGUUCUGUCCAUUUCUCUGUGCCGAUCGCCACCGGAUACAUGUUUCACAGGACAGGCAAAUCAUUUGCAGCGUACAGCGACUGAUUUUAAAUGUUAGAUUUGCCUGCUCUGAGGUGUAGCUCCAGCUCCGCUGAUUACAGCGUGGAAUGAAUCUGAAUCGGCUGAUUGAGUCACUCCCUUCACUGCCCACAUCACAAGGUGACACAAAUGAACCGAGUGAAUACACGGAAACAUUAUGUAUGAAUCUGAAUAGUCUUGACUUGUCCUUUGUGGUAAAUAGUGAAUGCCAGGGGGAAAAAAAGUCACAAAACACAGAGCACCCACUGCACUCCAUCUUAAAGGAUGACACUCCAUUCUUAUAGGGUUUUACAUGCUGAGAGGCCUUCACUGUCCAAGUCUUCAUUAAAGCCAGAUUCCUCCUAUAGAAAUCCAAUGGGAGUAAACCAAGGCCGGAAAGCUCUAGAACAUUCUGAGUGAUUGAAUGUGACAGUUUCAGCGCUGCCCACACACCAGGCUCUGUAAUAUAAGAUCCCUUAAAGACCGGUGUGUCUUUAAGCUUCUGGGAUUUUUAAAAGGAGAGCGUGAUAGUAAAAUGGAUUGUAAAAUAAUGGCAACAUGGGAGAGAGGCAAACAGUAACAGGAUUGCAAGUGAUCAAAGACUUCCAACUGCCAGCUUAUAUGCAAUCCGCAGUGUGUGUGUGUGUGUGUGUGUGUGUGUGUGUGUAUGUGUGUAGUUAUUGCAUGGCUGAGAUGCAUGAAAUUGGGACCCUCUUACAGUAUGCUAUUGGUCAUAUUUGAAUAAAAGCAAAUCAACAUAUAAUGAAA